CAUUCCAUUACUUGACGGUCACUCGACCUCGCCAUGGGGGUGUUGCUUCCUGCGGACCUAACAGGUGUUGAUCCAGGAUGACUGUGGCGAAGCUCGUGUCUGACUUCACCCGAGAGCUUGCAGAUAUCGUGGAGGAAAGAUGCUCACUUAUUCAGACCUUUGUGGACGAGGGCAGGGCUGCGUCGCGAGAUGAGUUGGCCAAAUUUGUCUUCGGUACUGCCAAGAGAAUCUACAAACAGAUACAGCCCGACCUGGAAAGCUCGCGCAAGCAAGCUUGGCUUGAGGCCAAAGGCAUGCUUAAGGACAUCGUUGACUUUGACGUAUUUACACCCACAGCCUUCUUUGACCCGUGCGUAAAGAACGUGCUAGAAGCCAAAGUUGCAGAGGUUCUUCGAAAUUACCACCACUUCAUCCUUACGGGGGUGGUGCGCACCAAGCAUCUUCCUCCAAAGCUCCUUGGAGAAACGGAUGAAAUCCUGUGUGUGGACAAGCCGGUGGAUUUCACCUGCGGAUAUGGUGCAAAUGCCAAUGCACUGUUGCCGCAGGUCAUUGGCGCAAAGACAGCCACGCAGCUGCUGAACGCGGCAGAGGCAGCAAUACAGAUCCACGAGUACCUGGCGCUCAAGUUCAACUACGAGACAGCUGUUGGCACUCGUGAGUUUUGGAAGGAGGUCGAGCAGAAGAAGCUGACUAUGCAGCCCUGCUUGUGCGGACUGUGCGAAGUGUGCGCCUGUAUGCAGGCAGGAUGCUGCAACAGACUUGACAAGGAAACAUCUGGUGUCAUGGUGGCUGCAAAGACAAAGAAGGGUUUUGAAGAAAUCCGGAAGCAGUUCCAAAGCGAUCACAGCUUGGACGAAGGAGGAACUGAGAAAUACUACUUCGGGCUCGCACGUGGUAAGGUGAACUUGCCAAAGCAGCAAGUAAAACAAUCGGAUGACUGGAUUCAUGAAUGCAGUGGGCCUCCAUCCCAAAGGCGUGGCAGAGUCGAGAUUGCGCUUUUCUACGACCCGGUAACUUCCAGAAGUGUGGCCUGGGACGAUGGGAAGGACUAUGACAGUAUGGGCAAGAACGAGAAGGGCGGAAGUAAAGGCAAAGGGAAAGGUCAGAAGGCUGGCAAAGGGCGCAUCACCCUCCUACGAAGAGUGCACGUGGACCCCGGAGGUGUGCUAGACUCCGAAGAUGGGCGGCCGCAGCAAGGAGAGAACGGACGUCAAUCUGCUGUUACUCUUUACGACCCCAUAGCCUGGUUCAGUGACAAGAACAACGAUCAGUACACGCUGCUCCACUUGCAGAUUGUCACAGGCAGAAGGCACCAGAUCAGGUUCCAUUGUGAGCAGAUCGGCCACCCGCUGCUUGGUGACUGUUUGUAUGGUGCACCGCAAUCAGACCGUGACUGGGCCAAACGAGUGUUCCUUCACUCCUACCAGACAAAGUUCCGGGAGCCCUUCACACAGAGAUGGUUUGAGGCGGUGUCUCCAUUGCCACAGGAUCUUGGCAACGUUCUUUCAGACUUGACCUUGGAACGCGUCAAGGAGGGAUGCCCACUGUUUCUGUCCAGGAGGCAGCACUCCAAGUUGCACAAGGUGUUCAAGACGCAAUAUGAUGCAACCACCAAGCUGCUGCGGACUCACGCAGCUCCCAAAAAUGCACAAGCAAUCAUGCCAGCGGCGCAGGCGAACGGCAGCAUGAAUCACAAUGGGCACAGUGUUGGCUACAAGGGUGGCAGCAAGGGCAAUGGAAACUCGAGCGCUGGCUGGAAGGACUGGCGCUGGGACAGCUCAGAUAGCUGGAACAAUUGGAAAAGCGAUGGGGGCUCUUGGAACGCCUGGAGCUCGUCGGCGAAUGCCAACGCAGCAAGUGCCAACGCAGCGAGCGCUGGCGCACCCAGCGGUGGCAAUGAUGACAGCGAUGACGAGACGUGGGGCAAAUGGACUCCUAAGGAUACGAAAAAACCCGCGGAAACACCAGAGCCCGAGGCCAAGAGGCCACGGGUGGCUGUGCCGGAGCCUGCAGAUGUCGCUGGCCAAGUUCCUCGCACACCGCCAGAACUUCCGGAACCUCAGGUGCAGCGUUCACAGUGGAGGAGAGUGGAGUCUACUCGAGAGGCGGGUAUUUUCUACUAUGUCAACACCGUCACAGGUGAAAAACAGGUUGAACCACCACCUCCGUGGGAAAGGAAACAAUCACGACGUGACGCCAGCAUCAGCUACUACUGGAACACAGUGACGGGGGAGACGUCCUUGGUAAAGCCAGAGGUUUGAGACGGGUGAGGAUGCUGUUGGCCAAAGUCUUGCAGCAGCAGGACUCUGACGCAGAACUUCCACAGAUGGCGCAAAGCGCCAUUUGACAACAAGAAACUUUCACUCAAGGAGGUCACGGCAAGAAACAAUGCAUCCAGAAUUAGUUUGAAUAGCCGCAGUGGCCAAAGCAGUCUCAAACAUGUAGACAGCUGUCACCCUGCUACUCGCAGGCAUGUCCAUGAUUUAGGGCGAGUUUGAAAUGAG